AUGGCCUUCCUCGGUGCCUCCAAAUUCAUGUCAGUUGCUACUCUUUUAGCCAUACUUUUACUACUCAUCAACUCUGCUCUGGGAGCUGCUGCACAGCCUAAAGGAGCAGGACGUAAACUUCUCCAAAACUCUGAUCCAGAUCUUCCUAGAGGAUAUGGAGUAUACCCCGGUGGUGGAGGAUACAUACCAUCAUAUCCUUCUGGUAGAGGCUAUACCCGAAAACCAUGA